AUGGACAGAGCCAAUCUUUUCAAGAAUUUAUGUCUGUGGAUGACCGUGCAGCGCCAUUACCAAUCCACCUUGAUGGAUAUGUUUUCGAUAGACCGACUCACAUGCGGUAGGAACGAUCCUACCAAUAAGCCGCACCUUGACGUGGACCCGGAUGGUGGGCAUAAACAGGCACCCCCUAUCACCGGCAGCAGGUCACCGAUGCGUUACCCUUCUCUGUACAUGGGUUCCCAGCUAGACGCUUGGCAGCGCAUUAUCCUGGUAAUUCUCCUGGAGGUCCCUGCGCACGUCAUUCCCCCCUCUGCAUGGACUCGAUGUUCCCUGACUUUUGGGCCGCGCAGCCAGUCCAGGCCGCGAGGUUCUAUCACAUGUGGAAUAUGUCUCACGGCUGCCCGAAAGAGUAAUGUGUACUUAAGUCGCAGCCUCAGGGAGGUUAUAGCGCCCGAGGGAUUGUCAAGCUUAAUGAUCGACAAGAUGAUUUCCCCUGAAAUGGGCAAACCCACGAUGGUGUGCUUGGCAGUUAUGGAGCGAACCAGAAUCAAGUGGAACAAACUCCUUCGGGCCGCAGGGCUGCCCUUGAUCGAGCCGUUUACCUAUGCGAUCGACCUAUGCCAGGGUGAUAGGGUGGUCGAGCGGUUAAAUGCUGACGGAUAA